ACGCCAGUAUUUCUACCCCGACCCCCUUUUCUCUCUGUCCAUCACUGCUUGUCCACUCACUCCAGUCUGCUUCUUUCUCAACUAAAUAGUUCUCAAGAGAGGGAAAGAGUGAGAAUCUAUAGAGAGAGGUGUCGUUAACUCCAAUGGCCUGUACAGCUCCAUCAGUAACCCUAAUCCCUCCAUCAAACGCCAGGGCUUACUUUUCCCCUAAAUCUUCCGUUUCAAAGCCAUUCUCACAAACCCUUGCCAUACCCAAUUCUUUCAGUGGCCUCAGCAAGCCCUUCCAAUCUCAAGUCUCUCGGUCGAUCUCGACCAGUAGAUCUCACUCUAGACGGAGCUUCGUUGUCAGGGCUAGUGAACUUCCAUUGGUUGGAAAUACAGCACCAGACUUUGAGGCAGAGGCUGUUUUCGAUCAGGAGUUCAUCAAGGUUAAACUCUCCGAGUAUAUUGGAAAGAAAUAUGUGAUUCUCUUCUUUUAUCCACUGGAUUUCACCUUUGUUUGUCCCACAGAGAUCACUGCUUUCAGUGACCGCCAUGCGGAUUUUGAGAAGUUAAACACGGAAAUAUUGGGAGUUUCUAUAGACAGUGUGUUCUCCCACCUUGCGUGGGUCCAAACAGAUAGAAAGUCUGGGGGCCUUGGUGAUCUGAAAUAUCCAUUGAUAUCUGAUGUGACCAAAUCAAUUUCAAAAUCAUAUGGUGUACUGAUCCCUGACCAGGGAGUUGCAUUGAGGGGACUUUUCAUCAUUGACAAAGAAGGAAUUAUUCAGCACUCCACCAUUAACAAUCUUGCAAUUGGUCGGAGUGUAGACGAGACAAUGCGAACUCUCCAGGCGUUGCAGUAUGUGCAGGAGAACCCGGAUGAAGUAUGUCCGGCUGGAUGGAAGCCUGGAGAGAAGUCUAUGAAGCCAGAUCCUAAGCUCAGCAAGGAAUACUUUGCAGCAAUAUGAGUGGGAUAUCGGUAAAGAGCACAUUAGAAUCUCCAUCCGUAUGUCAUAUAGAGAGGUUUUGAGGGCUUUGUUUUUGUAUUAAGUUUUUCUCAUUUCACAUUGUUGAGUUUGGAGAAGCAAUUGCUGGGAAUAAAAAUUGGUCGAACCAGAUGACCCACCCUGUUUUUAGAACAUGUCUUUGGAAAAAACACUACAUUCUAUUUCAUCA